GGGCGCUUGCUACUGAUGUUGCGGCUGGGGAGGCUGUGCCCGGUGUCGGUCCAGAGCAGCAGGGCAAUGGCGGAGGCGGCAGCGGGCGAGCCGUGCCGGGAGGGCGGCGAGCGUGAGGAUGCGCCGCCCGCGGCCAAGAGGCGGCGGCUGCAGGCGGGCGGGGUGGAGCGCUUCGUGCCGCCGCCGCGGAAGCGGAACCCGGGCGUGAGCUUCAGCGAGGCGCACUUCGCCGAGACUAGCUACUACUUCGAGGGCGGCCUGCGCAAGGUGCGGCCCUACUACUUCGACUUCCAGACCUACUGCAAGGGCCGCUGGGUGGGCAAGAGCCUGCUGCAUGUCUUCGCCUCCGAGUUCCGCUCCCACCCGCUCGCCUACUACCGCGUCGCCGCCCGCGCCGGCCGCCUCCGCCUCAACGAGCAGCCCGUGCGGGACCUCGACGUCGUGCUCAAGAAUAAUGACUUCCUGAGGAAUACUGCGCAUCGCCAUGAGCCUCCAGUCACUGCUCAGCCUAUCCAGGUUUUGGCAGAGAAUGAUGAGAUGGUUGUCGUGGACAAACCUUCUUCUUUGCCAGUACACCCAUGUGGCCGAUUUCGGCACAACACUGUCAUCUUCAUCUUGGGCAAAGAGCAUAACCUCAAAGAGUUGCACACUAUUCACCGGCUUGACCGCAUGACUUCUGGUGUGCUCAUGUUUGCCAAGACUCUAGAAGUGUCCAAAAGGAUUGAUGAGCAAGUUCGACAGCGGCAGUUGGAAAAGGAGUAUGUCUGCCGUGUUCUUGGGGAAUUUCCAGAAAAUGAAGUGAUCUGCGAGGAACCCAUCCUGGUUGUUUCUUACAAGGUGGGAGUGUGUCGGGUAGACCCCAAAGGGAAAUCCUGUAAAACCAUGUUCCAAAGGCUCAGUUAUAAUGGCAAGACCAGCGUGGUCAAAUGUUUCCCACACACAGGCCGCACCCACCAAAUUCGAGUGCAUUUGCAGUUCUUGGGACAUCCUAUUGUUAAUGACCCCAUCUACAACAUGGAAGCCUGGGGUCCUGCCAAGGGCAAGGGUGGUAAAAUUGAUAAAACGGAUGAGGAGCUCCUCAAGGCUUUAGUGGAGGAACAUAAUGCAAAACUGAGCUUUGAUAUGUUGGAUAUUUCAGAGGAAGGCCUGAAGCUCAGCACAGGAAGUGAAGACCAAGAUAGCUCAGGUAGCUCUACUCAGGCUGUGGAAGUUACUGCCAUUACUGAAAACUCUUGUGGAACUGAGGAUUCAAAGAGUCAGGAAGAUAGUUCCCAGAACUCUUACAGCAAGCCAGGAACUAGUGAAACUGGCUGUGAAGAAGCCAGUCCAAGUGGGACUCUUGAUGGAGAUACAGAAGAGAAGGACCCUUUGUGUGCAGAAUGUAAAAUAAUUAGGCAAGACCCAUCUCCUAAGGAACUGGUGAUGUACCUGCAUGCCUUGCGCUACAAAGGAGCAGAGUUUGAAUACUGCUCCAAGAUGCCAGACUGGGCACUGGAGGACUGGGAGGAAUGCCAAGAAUUAAUGCUGUGAGAACUGUAACUUUUUUUUUUAUUUCUUUUAGCUUGUCAGGAGGAAAGUGUCUGCAAGGACCUGCAUCUAUGUGGUUAAAAUUUCCCUGGAGUUGCUGCCUUUAUUUAUCAGUUUUUAUUGGGAAUUGCAAACAGGUUGUUUGUGAAUUAAGAGGAAGUGGCAAUGAAUCUGCUGAUAGCUAUUGAAGGGAGAAGUGGUUAUUUCCAAAUAAUUGUCUCUCUCUUUAGUUAGAAUAAAACGUUACCAAGAUGUAUGAAAUGGGGAUCAUUCUUUUCCCUUCUACCUCCUCUUUAUCCCACUUCAUUGUUGUUUGCAAAUUGAGUGUGCUUGUUUACUAAAUGCAUACAAUUUAGACAAUCAGCAUGUACAUUUUUCUGUAUUUUAGUUAUCUAUUGUCCUUGUUUAUCUGGAUAAAACUUUGUGGAAUGUUAUUUUAUAUACUGUACACGUGUCACACUGCAAAUCCCAUAUUACAUUUUAGGUGCUACUUUGCUUUUAUUGCCAGAUCAAUUUUAGCUGUAUCAUAUCUUCAUCUUCCUUUUUUUGCUAAACCGAGUCACUGUGCAGGUUGGGUCUGUUCCUGUCAGUUACUCUUCUUUGUUGUAUUUGGAGUUGUGUUGCAUUGUGCAUUUCUUGUCUAUAGAGGUUUCCAUUCUCCUGUUGGUGUACAUUUUCCUUUCAUAAGUUUAUUCUUGCUAAUGUAGGACACAGUCUGCCCUUAAAUCAGCCUUGAAAAAUUCCUGGACAAACCACAGUCUAACCAAAAAUUUGGUGCCCCCAAGGAAGUAACUUAUUUUGCUGUCACUGUGCCUACAAGCAUUAGUGCUCCUACUUGGAAUAAUCUUCAUAACCCUCUAAACAUUCCUGUUCUCUGCCUGCUACCUCCUAUAUCAUCUCUCUUCUUACUUUACUGCAAAUCUUUUUGACCUAUUCCAUUAAAUUAUUUCAGUCCAUCUACCAAUCCACAAGCAAAACUUGGAAAUUUUACCACACACACAGUAGCCAGAAAACUAGCCCUGUCAGCCAUGACCUGAUGUGAAAGACACAGGGGCAACUUUACUCAGUGCUGUUUUGGGUUCUGGCUAUAGUCAGAGGGGUUUCUAUUACUUACACAAGCCCUUGUUUUCAGCUUCCUGCCGAAAUGAAGAGAGACUCCCCAUCAUAUCUAUCUGCUGUUGUUGAAAGGCUUCCUGAUCUACGGCAGAAUGAUGCCUCUUUUCAGUAUUGCUGCUCUUGGGAUUUUGUUAUAUGGCAAUGAAACAGGUUUAAUUUUUGCUCUGCUGCAGUUUUUUUUGUAGAAGAUCUAGGCCACUUCAAAGAUUUGAAAUAGGAGAACAGCACUACCUUUGGAUUUGAAAGACCUUCUUCGAUGUAACUUGCCUUCCACAGUUCAAAGGCGAUGUGCUUGCAAGAUAAGUUUGUUUGCCAUGGGGAAGGGGGUAUUCCAUCCCACCAUUAGAAGGUGAUGAUACUUACACCAGUGGUGGAUAUGUGCCUGUUUCUUUGUAUUUGCUGUGCACUGAUCAGUAAAUCCAGAUAUCCAAAGUCCACCAGGUUGCUGGCAAGUUUUCUGCCUGAUUUUUGUUUUGUUUUGGGUUUUUUUGUUUCAAGGAAGUCUAGGUUGUCGUCAGCUUCCUGUAAAAUAGCAAUACACAAUAAUGUACACAAUAAUGGAAACAACAGCUUUUCCCAGAAAUAAUUUAAAAACUGAACUGGUUGCUUUCCACCUCCAAAAAUAGGGACUAGCACUUCAAAAAGUACAGCAUCUGUGUUCAUUACUGAUCUGUACACACUAAGCAAAGUGGUGUGGUUUGGUUUUUCAUUUCCUGAUCUUUGGGAUACAGUUAGCAUGUCACAUUGCAUAUUCUGCAGAAUGAAAUAACCUUAUUGUGGCAUCCAUCACAGUAAGUGAGGAAGUUUUUCUUUAACUGAUUUAUCUCCAGCAAUAAAUUAUUAACAAAGCCAUUUUUCAAAAUGUGAAUCCUCCUGCUCCACACUAAGUAUAUCUGCUAGAUAGAGCCUCUAGCAAGACUAGAAUUACCACUUGAGGUUUUUCAACAACAACAAAAAUGAAUGUCAGGGUAACUUUCUAUCAGCUGGUUUCUAUUCUGCAAGAAGACUAGUGUUUCACAGGGAUUUCAGAACCCUGGAGAAGGGAAGGCUUGAAAGCCUUAGUUUUGAAAUAGUAUCGGGGAAAGGAGUGGGCAUGAGUACCAUUUAUUUUUUGUCUUAACAAUUACUAUUAAGACCUUAAUAUACAGUGCUAGCUGUCUAAUCCCAUUGCUUUUAAGGAAACAGACUGAAUGCUGAUAACUUGAACAAAAAUUUUUUAAAGGGUAUUAUGAAAGUGUUCUGCCUGUGGCUGCAUCACAAUUCAUCGUUUUAUUCAUGUUCAAAGCUCAGGUUUUUAUCCGGUGGAUCUAUUGUAAUUUGUGCAGGUGCUCACAAGAGUUCUGCAGAGUCCAGUCUGUUUGUAGAGGCACCACAGUAUACCAAAGGCAAAUAAAAGUAGUUGUUCUUCACAAGGU